UACAAUUACAUUCAUUCCAUGCAUUAAAAAAAAGAUCUUAUAUAUACAAAUUAAGGAAAUUAAAUUAAGUUAUAAUCAUGAAGGCUGUUGCAGUAGUACUAGUUCUAGUUGUGCUGGCCGCGGUUCAGCUAGCAAUGGCUGGGCGGCUAGAACAACAAACCGGAAUCACCUGUGGUCAAGUAGACGCCAAUUUGGCACCCUGUGUCUCAUUCCUGACACAGGGUGGCGAGCCCAGUGCAGCCUGCUGCAGCGGGGUCAAAACCUUGAGCGGUCUGGCUCAGUCCACUGACGAGAGGAGGACAGCUUGCAACUGUCUCAAGGCUGCAGCAAACCGAUAUGCCAACCUUAAAGAUGAUGCCGCACAGGCUCUCCCUGGCAAGUGUGGUGUAGCCCUCAAUGUUCCUAUCUCCAGGACCAUCAACUGUGACACGGUCAGUUAGUUAAAUCAGCAGGGUGCAUGGUUCCGGGAAUAAUGCUUUGCAAUGGUGUUAAUUAGUUUAGUUAUACAUACAUAUAUAUAUAUGUACUAUUAAAUAAACCAAGGGUUGUUAAACCCUUGAACGUAGUAUAUAUACUCAAUUACUAUGCAGUAAUUUGAGUAGUUUACUGUUUAGCGAAUGUAUUUUGUUUAUAAUAAGAGUUUAAAUGAUCUAUACAUAGACGUUGCUCUUU